GCGCAAGCUUCUGCUUGUUGUUCCCGCAGAGAGAGAGGCGAAGAAGAUGGCGGCCGUGUCAAGCGGAGGUGCUGCUGCUGCUGCUGGGUCCGCUGCGGCCGGGAUUACGCACUCUGCCCGACCGACCCACGCGGGCAUGGGCUCCCAGAACCGAGCCCAGCCGUCCUCCGGCAUCAGCCACGCCGGUCGCACCACCACCACGGCCCCGGGGUGCAUCAUCACCAGUCCCGGCCAUACUUCUUCGGCCACCAGGCCCCCCCCGGCCCGAGUGGGCCACUACGAAAUCGAGCGGACCAUCGGCAAGGGGAAUUUCGCGGUUGUUAAACUAGCCACGCACGUCAUUACCAAAGCGAAGGUGGCUAUAAAAAUAGUGGAUAAGACCCAGCUGGACGAUGAGAACCUGAAAAAGAUUUUCAGAGAGGUGCAGAUCAUGAAGUUGCUGAAGCACCCCCACAUCAUCCGCCUCUACCAGGUGAUGGAGACAGAGCGGAUGAUCUAUCUGGUGACAGAGUACGCUAGCGGCGGAGAAAUAUUCGACCACCUGGUGGCUCAUGGGCGCAUGGCGGAGAAGGACGCCAGGAAGAAGUUCAAACAGAUUGUGGCAGCAGUCCAUUUCUGUCACUGCCGCAACAUCGUCCACAGAGACCUGAAGGCUGAGAAUCUGCUGCUGGACCACAACCUCAACAUCAAAAUCGCAGAUUUUGGAUUCAGUAACCUGUUUUCUCGAGGACAGCUGUUGAAGACGUGGUGUGGCAGCCCUCCCUAUGCCGCGCCAGAACUCUUUGAGGGCAAGGAGUAUGACGGGCCGAAAGUAGACAUAUGGAGCUUAGGUGUGGUGUUGUAUGUGUUGGUGUGCGGCGCCCUGCCUUUCGACGGCAGCACUCUACAAAAUUUGCGGGCACGUGUCCUCAGCGGCAAGUUCCGCAUCCCCUUCUUCAUGUCCACAGACUGCGAGUACUUGAUCAGACACAUGUUGGUGCUGGAGCCCAGCAGACGGUUGACCAUGGAGCAGAUCAAUAAGAACAAGUGGAUGAGACUAGGAGACCCGGACCCAGACUUCGACAGGUUGAUAGCGGAGUGUGAGCAGGUGAAGACGGAGAGAGAGAUCGAGCUCAUCAAUGAGCAGGUGCUGAUAGCCAUGUGUGAGAUGGGCCUGGACCGAGAACGCACACUUCAGUCCUUACAAACUGAUGCAUACGAUCACUACAGCGCCAUCUACAGUUUGCUGGCCGACCGCCUCAAGAAACACAAGACCCUGCGCGUGGCCCCGCCCACACCGCGCUCCAUUAGCUAUCCUCUUAACGCCGUACAGCAGACGGAUCCGCAGGGUAAUCCCGUUAGCAUGACCGUUCCCCACGUCCAGCUCAUCAACCCAGAGAACCAGAUCGUUGAGCCGGAUGGCAACAUGGCACUGGACAGCGAUGAAGGGGAGGAGCCAUCUCCCGAGGCCAUGGCUCGCUACCUUUCCAUGAGGCGGCACACGGUGGGAGUACCAGACCAAAGGACAGAGAUGCAGGAGGACCUCCAGAAACUGCCACCAGGUUUCCAUUGCGGUGCAGUUCCCCAGCCCCUGUUCCCCUCACUGGCCCCCACUAUGGGCCAAAUGCACACUCUCAUGCCCACGCAGAGCUUGCAGCCCACACAGCAGCUGGAGUACAAGGAGCAGUCGUUGCUGCAGCCACCUACCCUGCAGCUGCUCAACGGCAUGGGGCCUCUUGGUCGAAGAGCUUCCGACGGCGGGGCCAACAUUCAACUACACGCUCAGCUCCUCAAGAGGCCCCGGGGGCCCUCACCGCUUGUUGCCAGCCCGCACCCGAUCCCUGCAGUAGCUCCGGUGGAUGAGGAAGGUUCAGACGGAGAGCCAGACCAGGAGGCAGUACAGAGGUACCUGGCGAACCGCUCCAAGCGGCACACGACGCACACGCUCACGAGCACAUCGCAUGGCGAGCCCUCGGCAGAGUCACAGCGGCCCCAGGGCCCCCGCCAGAGGGGGGGCUGGGCCCCCGACACACACAAUCGGUCCAGCUAUAAGGACUGUAACACGCUUCAUCUCCCCAUGGAGCGCUUCUCACCGGUCAGACGCUUUUCUGACGGAGCCGCCACCAUCCAGGCCUUCAAGGCUCACCUAGAGAACAGCAGCCUCAUUAAGCAACUCAAACAGGAGUGUGAGCAGCUCCAGAAAAUGUACGCCGCCCAGCAGGAUGAGCGAUUCCUGGAGCACACACAGCAACAGCAUAUCCUCUACCAGCAAGAGCAAAUAAUCCUCCACCAGCAAAUCCAGGGUCUGUCUUUAGGCCAUGGAGAGAGCCAGCCCAGUCACCUAACCCACCAGCUCCAGAGGUUGCACAUCCAGCCCUCCAGCCCUCCGCCAACACAUCCCAGCAACCACCUCUUCAGACAGCCCGACCAGAGCCCUCCGCCUUGCUCUGCAGGCAUGAUGCAAGGGCACGGAGGUCCGUCACCGGUGCAGUACCAGCACGGUGCUCCUGCGCUGUAUCAAGGCCAGAGUGGCAGCCCGCCUCCCACAGCACUGACUCGAGUCCCCCUCCCAACCAAUCAGCAAGCAGCAUCUGCUCGCCCCACCGUACCGUUGGCACAGGGUGUACCUCAACAACAGCAGGUGACCAUUCAGGUUCAAGAGGUGGAGCUGGGAGGUGGAGCACAGAGACAGGGCGGCUUUCUGUCCACGCCGGGCCACCGAGUCCUCGGAAAGCAGCUGAGCGCAGACAACGCCGAGACGCACAGUCGCAGCCUUGGCCGCUUCACAUCGGCUUAUGACCAAACUCAGUUUAAUCCCCACCUCUUCCCCGGCGACGCCGCCUCCCGGUGCGCCUACAGCCACUACCUGCAGGGAGCCUCCCUCAAAGUCCCGGGCCUGGAGGAGUACCAGAGCGGGGUGGUCGGGAACGCCACCUACGGCCCACCUUCUACACUACAGCAGGCCCUGCUCUCCCCAACUCCUCUGGAGUACCGCCCCCCGCAGCAUCACGUCACCCCCACCCUGCAGGGCCUCCUGUCCCCCCGCCACUCUCUAACGGGCCACGCCGACCCCAGGCUGCCGCCUCAAGACCUGGCCGCCCUGCUGAAGAGGCACAGCCCCCGGCCGUGCUCGGCGACCCCCACACCGCCUGGCGGUGCGCCCCCAGAAUACGGAGAGAUGCUGCUUCUCCGCCAGCUGAGCCAAGGGGAGAGCUUGGAGCUGCCGGCGCAGCAGAGUGCCCCCGGAGGCCAACACUAUCACCACCUCCUCCAGAUUCGACCCCCCGACGUGCAGCCACAGCAGCACCCGGCCCAGGCCCCUUGCCCCUUACCUCACUCGGAGAGCAUGGAGGAGGACGAGGUGCCAGCUGGCUACAACCACCCGCACGAGGGCCUGCUGGCCAAGGCAGGAGAAGGUCAUGAGCUCCUGGGGCCCCCCCAAGGAGGUACCCCGCCCUACACCUCCCCUACACACAGCCAUGGGGGCUUCAUAAGGAACGCUCCAGCAUCUAGAGAAUCCGAGCAUGCGGAGUGCAGGCCCCAAGGGCAGGCCAUGGAGGUGCCUGAUCAUAAUGGUGUGGGCUAUUCAGGAGUUCCCCAGGGUGACGCCUAUAGGUCCCGUGGACAGCUACAGCGCCACCACACCAUCCAGACCUGUGACGAUGCCUAUGAUCAGCCGGAGCCCAUGUCGGGAAUGAGCCUGUUGGCCGGGAAGGCCCUGAGCUCCGCUCGCAUGUCGGACAUUCUCAGCCAGACGUCACUGACGGGAAGCCAGCAGCUGCGCCAGCGGGAAGAGUCGGAGUGUGAUGUGGAAGAAGAGCUCCAUGCGGCGGCCUGCUACCCCUCCUCCUGCACCAGUGACAUGCUCCUCAGCUACAAACCCCCUGACCUGCAGUACAGCAUGGAGCAGGCUGGGGUCUAGCACAGGAGGGGGUGUCUCCUGUGUACAGCGGUCCAUAUCAGCCAUCCUGACUUGUGUUGACUUGAGCAGCAUCACGCCAAACCACCGCUCUCUGCCCAAACAGGGACGCUCCACGUCCAUCUGUCUGUCUCCAUCUGUCCUUGGGAGGGCAGUCUGCGCAAGAGAGGGGGAGUGUGUGUGAGGGGGGGUGCAGACAUUAGAAGGGUGGGGGGGGGUCACAGGUGGGGGGGUCACAGGUGGGGCCUCGGGAUUCCAAAGGUCAAAGUGCCAGCAUUUCCUGCACAGACAUCCAGCAUUCGUUGCCGCAGGUUGUCUUCUCUUUUCACCUCCCAUCACGGGUAGAUUGGGGUUCCACUCCUCCCUCUUUCGACUCGACCCCCCCCCCCCACACACACACACUCACACACACACACACACACACCCCUCGCCCAACUGCUGCCCUGACCUAACCCCCCUCCCCUUUCACCCUUUUGUCUUCUAUUAACUGUUGGCAUACUUCAUUAUGUGCCUCAUCGGCCAACGCAUUACUACAGUCAUAGUUGCAGGAACAUAGAGUCCCAUAACACAAAGAAACACACACACACACACACUGCUGCCACAAACCCAAAGUAUUCACAUUUGGUGUGAGAGAGUGUGCGUGUGUGCGCGCAUGACUGAGAAGAAGAGCGGAGGGGAAGGGUGUCUGAGAGGUUCAGUCUGCUCCCCCCCCUGCUGUCCUGCAGCAGAGCAUUCCGGAGUGGGCUGGAGUCUCUUCUUGGGCCGGGUGGCGGGUGUGUUUUUUGGGGUCAGGCUCCAACUGGGCAACAAAAACCGCUCCUUCCAAAGAUGGAGCUCAGUGACAUCAUCGCACAGGACAAACCAGCUCUGUGUUUUUCUUUCUCUUCUUUGUUCUGCCGUUCAUUUCCUUUUUCUUUUAUUUUCUUUUAGACUUCAGUUUUACAGCUAAUGUCCAUGUAGGCAUUACGGUCAAUAUUGUUACUCUUAUUGUUAUUACUGUUUUCUGUAAAAGAGGUUUUAUUAUAAUGAAUAUUAUUAUUAUUAUUAUUAUUAUUAUUAUUAAAGGAAAAACAGUUCUGUGUUGCAAGGAAGACAACAUUGUUCUUUGAUUACUUAAGUAAUUCUGCACUUUCGGUUCAAGCUAUCUUCUCUGUUUCCACCUCCUUGCAGCUCCUCGCUCUCUGUCAUGCUGUAGCUUUUCGCCCCCCCAGUCCUAACUAUGCCCCCUUUUGCUCAAUCCUCCCUUCCCAUGUCAGUGACAGUGUAUUGCAUUGUGGGUAGUUUUACCAGACAUUUGCUCCUUUCCUUGUACAGUGAUGCCAUGUAUAGAACGCUAUUGCAAUUUCUGUAUCAAAUCCUUUCUUUUUUUUGUUACUAUUUUUUGAUUUUAGAUGUUGUUGGGGAGGUUGUUUUUAUAUUGGUAUUGUUUAUCAUUUGUAUUAUUUUGGAUGUCUUCAAAAUGUUUUGUUUUUGUUUUAAUGAAUCGUGAGAUUUCUAGCCAAAAGAGGACGGAGAGAAGAGAGACGGUGCUCCUUCUGUCUCAGAAAAAAGAUUGUUCUUAUUUGUUUUAAUAUUAUUAUAUCGAGACACUUGAAUAAGAGGAAAGUAAUUAUUUUGUGUUGCUUUUUUUAAAGUAUAAUUUCAAUUGGAUGUUGUGACUGUCGUUCUUGUCGAUGUCGGGCCUGUUGUCUGUUACCGGGGUAGUUAGGCAGGCUAUACAGGGUCAGGCUUUGGUCUUUGUCUGGGGCGGUUCGGGUGCUACAGAGACUUGACGCUCUUAAAAAAGACAAAAAGAGACACAAAAAAACCAACAAACUGAGGGAAUAACUUGUAAUAUAGCUGACAUAUCAUUCUAAACAUCCCAUGUGUGGAAACGGACAAACCCACUUCUCUCUCUCUCUCUCUCGCUGCCCGCCUUUCUGCUGUGAUCCUCCCGCCACCUUUUACUACAUCGGCAUCUGAUCGGACGACGCUCUGCGGACACGGCCCCUCCUCCCACGCUAACCAAGGAGGAAACUACAACUACUAUUACCCCCCACCUUCACAAACCUGAAAGGGGAGAUCGGAGGAGGCGAUCCCUGCGUCCUGUAGUUGGAUUCACCUGGACACGCCUCCCAAGCCGUCAAAGGGAAACAUUUCAGGAGGCGACCACAGGAGGGAACAGCUCCAGUUGGACUUUAUCCGCAGCAGAGGAAUAUGAGGGCGGACCUUUAAACAUAUCUACUAAGGCCUGUGCCCUGAGCGCAGUCGGAUGGAGGCUAUAGCACACGUCGGACCACAGCAGAAGACAGAACCGCCCUUCUUUUAAAAUUUGGUUUUCUUUGUUGGACCCUCUAUUUAUCCUCCCAUGUACAGGACCCACUGGGUCCAUAAAGGGCCAGCAAGAGACUGUGGUGCGAAGAAUAAAGCUCCACUUUGUAUGUAUCCGUACUGGACAGACUUCACGACACCUGGCUGCAGCGGUUGACUUUUCGUGCGCUCUUCAUUCGCACCGUGUCGCUUCCUGUUUCGCCAACACUCGCUCCCAUUCAGAGCAGUUGGAAGUAGCUUUAGUGGUAAAUCACAGCCUCUAAAACAAUGAGUGUUAACACUGAAGUAGGAUGGAUUCACGAGAUUAUUUUUGCAUUUUCUGUUUUUCUUUUCCCCAAAGCGGAGUCCGUGUCUCUUUGGGCAGAAGGAGCUUGUGUCCCCGUUCCGUCCUGCCUCCAGCUCUCAUUCGCUCCUCUUUCAGAUCAGAUCUGAUUUCCUUCGUUGUUUACACCAAGCCAGAAGAAGUGAGAUCUGAAAGAGAAAACAAUGGAGCACUCGGGCAAGUUAUUGGCAGAGGAAACGGCUGAAAUUGAAGACACUGCGUGUCUCUUGUCCCGCGGCGGGAUAGAAACUCUAAAAUUAAGACCGGAGGCUCCGGCUUGUCUGAUAUCGUGACGCUUCAGAUCUGUGUUUGGGAGGUAAGGAGCAGCGUGUGAGUGGAAAGCACUGCAGGUGAUGGAGAGGUGAAGCUUCACACAUCUUCUGCCUGAUCAGACCCCCCCCCUGCUCAGCCAGCUCUGCUCCUGUUUCUUAGGUUCAUUUUGUUUUUCUAUUGGUUCAUUUUUGUCCUUUUUUUUUUUUUUUUUUUCAUUUCUGUUGAGUACAAAAAUACUAAAGUGCAACAACAAUGAUUAAAAAGAAUAUCAACCAAACUGCGAUGAAUAAAUAAAUAUAUAUAAAUAAAGAACUAAUUUAAAAAGGUC